AUGUCUAAGAUAAAACAAAAUACUCGUACUCCGUAACUCCGUAUGGGAUUAUCACGAGUUUGGAUCGUAUGAUCGAUCCAUUCAACCGCAAAGUUAGUCAAGAAAAUAUUCGUGGGUUUCAAGGAGACCCUUUUCUUUUUACCUUUUUCUUUUCCCCCCUAAUACAAAGCGUACACAGGCACACAGCCCCAUUUUAUAACAACAGGAGUUACGGGUUCUGAAAAAAUUCUGAAAAACCUGAGAAAUUAGAGCAAACAAGACAAUUGAGACUUGAGAGAGAGAUGACUGUUGCACAACUUGGGCAGUUAAAUCUCGAUGAACUUCCGCCAUUGCGGGGAUCUUCUCGCAAUCUUGAUUGCUUCCAAAAAUUGGAGCAAAUUGGUGAAGGAACUUAUGGACAGGUGUACAUGGGCAAAGAAGUCAUGACUGGGGAAAUUGUUGCUUUGAAGAAAAUAAGAACAGAAAAUGAAAAGGAGGGGUUUCCUAUUAGUGCAAUUAGGGAGAUCAAAGUUUUGACCAGGUUGCAUCAUAAAAACAUUGUAAAAUUAAAAGAGGUUGUGAUUUCUCAAGAUGGAAAUAACCAACUAGCUGCAACUAAGGAGAGUUCAGACAAUAACAAGUACAAUGGUGGCGUCUACUUGGUGUUCGAGUACAUGGACCAUGACUUGACAGGCCUCUCAGAUCGUCCUGGCCUGAGAUUUACUGUUCCUCAGAUUAAGUGUUAUAUGAAGCAGUUGCUCACUGGGCUCCGUUAUUGUCAUGCCAAUGAAGUGCUGCAUCGGGAUAUUAAAGGGGCCAAUGUUCUACUAAAUAAUAAUGGAAGCUUGAAGCUUGCUGAUUUUGGGCUUUCAUGCUCUUCUUAUCUCCGCAAAGAAAAUUUUACUAAUCGUGUAGUCACUUUACCUUAUAGGCCUCCCGAGUUGCUGCUUGGAGCCACAAAUUAUGGUCCAGCUGUUGACAUAUGGUCUGCUGGUUGUAUCUUUGCCGAGCUUUUGCAAGGAAAACCCAUCAUGUCAGGAAGAAAUGAGCCAGAGCAACUGCACAAAAUUUUUGAACUUUGUGGAAGUCCUGAUGAAGUAAAUUGGCCUGGUGUUUCCAAGAUUCGUUGGUAUAAUAACUUCAAGCCUGCAAGGCCCAUGCGUCGACGUUUGAGAGAGGUUUUGAGACAUUUCGACUCACAUGCACUUGAUUUACUGGACAAAAUGCUGAUCCUUGAUCCAUCUAAGAGGAUAUCUGCCAAAGAUGCACUUGCUGCUGAAUAUUUCCAGAUGGAGCCGUUACCUUGCGACCCAAAGAGCUUACCCAAAUAUGAAGCAUCGCAUGAGUUCCAAAUAAAGAGAAAGAGACAACAGCAGCAGUUGAAUGAGGAAACUGCAAAAAGACAGAAUUUGUGUUGCCCACCACCACAUGCUCGUCUUCCUCCUAUUCAACACAGUGGGCAGGUCCAACAAGAGCAUCAGCCUGAGCGCAACCUUUCCAUGAACCAGUUGCAACGACCCUUACCUACCUUACCUAGCAACCCGUAUUGUGAACCUCUUGUUGAUGCUGGAUUAUCAAAUAGGUAUCCCCCCAAUAUAAAUCUGACUGCUGGAUACAACCAGAACCAUGGGGUCCAGGCUCAAGCUGGCGGUACUUCUAUAGGGGCAUAUCCUCCUCACGGGCGGGUUGGUCCAUAUGCUGCAAGUAAUAUGAUUAACCGAUCGACCACUCCUUGUUAUGCAGCUGGACCGCCAGGAUUUUCACAUAGAGGUCCAAACCCAAUAACUAAUAUUCGAAAUCAGCAAUAUGGAUGGCAACAGUGAAAGGUGUAUGUAGUUUUGCACCUUUGCUUGGUAUAAGAUACUAUGAUAUAUAUCAUAAUGUGAAGCAAUGAGGGUAGAAAUUUCUUUAUAACUUGACUUUGUGAGCUAGACCACAAAGUGUGGUUUCUCACUUGUAUAGAUGGGAGUCUCAAAGUACAAUCAUUUUUUUUCUGUUCUUUAAUGAGUUGAGUAUUACUCAAACUAGAUCUUAUCUGUAAGGCUUUCCCUGUAAUUGUAGCUUCAGAAAUUGGUGUGUUAGUUGAUGUAGUGCACUGAUAAAUAUAUUACUUUAGAGGACAUGGUGAGCAAGACUCCAAACUUCUUUAAUAGUCAAGGUAACAAAAAAUGCAAAUUUGGCUUGGAUGCAUUUCUAUGUAAAUGUGUACAUAA